ACCCCUGAGCCAGGCAGCUCGGAGGAAAGGCUGUGCCUGCACAGCCCGUGUGACAGCGGGAGGGACAGCGGGCCGAGCCUGGGGCUGGGAGAGCUGGGGAGAGCCUGCAUCCCUCUGGAAGGUGGGGAGAGCCUGGGAAAAUCCUGCAUCCCUCUGGAAGCUGGGGAGAGCCUGGGAAAAUCCUGCAUCCCUCUGGAAGGUGGGGAGAGCCUGGGAAAAUCCUGCAUCCCUUUGGAAGGUGGGGAGAGGAGCCUGGGAAAAUCCUGCAUCCCUGUGAAAGCUGAGGAGAGCCUGGGAAAAUCCUGCAUCCCUGUGAAAGGUGGGGAGAGGAGCCUGGGAAGAACCUGCAUCCCUUUGGAGAUUGGGGAGAGGAGCUUAGGAAGAGCCAGCAUCCCUUUGGAAGCUGAGGAGAGCCUGGGCAGAUCCCACAUCUCUCUGGAGGCUGGGAAGAGCUGCUUAGGAAGAGCCAGCAUCCCUCUGGAAGAUCGGGAGAGCCUGGGAAGAUCCCACAUCCCUCUGGAGGCUGGAUGAGAGGAGCUUAGGAACAGCCCGCAUCCCUCUGGAGCCUGGGGAGAGGAGCCGGGGCAGAUCCCGCAUCCCCCGAGCGCAGGGACCCCGCGCCGGCAGCACCUCCAUCCCUUCCCUUCCCUUCCUUUCCCUUCCCUUCCCUUCCCCCGGCGGCUCCGCGGAUGCUCGGCACCAGGAGGGCGGGAUGGGAUGAGAAACACCCCCGGAGCCGUGUGAUGAAAACAAGCGGCUGUGCAGCUGAGAAAAAUGCAGCAGCGGGAGACAAAUAACCUGCGAGGGAAAGCUGCGGGAGCCAAAGGCAGGCUGCAGAAUUCCCCGGCUGCGGAUUUGCCUCUCGGGAGAGCCUGACUCGGUUGUUUUGCUGUUCCUGCUGGGAAUCCUCUGGGCGCUCUGGCUGGAAAAGGUUCCCGCAGGAGUUUGGCCGGCGGAGGGAAGGAGGCGUGAGCGGGAUGCUGCGGAUGCUGUGAGGCCAGAGGUGCAAGUGGGACCAUGGGAGGGAAGCAGGUGAAAUGCCUGACUUCACCCAGCCCUGUCCACAGUGCAAAGAGUGAAUCCACUGUAGCCCCCUCAGAGGAGAAGGAGAGACUUGUGAGCCUGCAGACUGAAGAGACAGAGACUAAAACAGAAGAGGCUGAUUGUCACUUCCAGCCUGAGUGGCAGGCAGGGAGCUCUGGCUCCUGCUUGGAGAACUCAUGGGAGGAGCAGCUCUUGGAACAGCAGGACCACCUGGAAAAGGAAAUGGAGGAGGCAAAAAAGAUGAUCUCGGGUUUGCAGGCUUUGUUGCUCAAUGGGUCUUUACCUGAGGAUGAGCAGGAAGGGUCCUUUGAACUUUCUGAGCGUGGAGCCUGCCCUGAGGAGCAGCUGAUCAUCAUCCGAAGCCGCCUGGACCAGAGUGUGGAAGAAAAUCAAGAUCUGAAGAAGGAGCUGCUGAAAUACAAACAAGAAGCUCGGAACCUUCAGGGAAUAAAGGACGCUCUGCAGCAGAGGCUGAUCCAGCAGGAUGCUGCAGUGCUGCAGCUCAAGCAGGAGCUGCUGAGAGCCAACAUGGACAAGGAGGAGCUGCACAACCAGAAUGUUGACCUCCAGAGGAAGGUUGAAGAGAGAAACCGGCUCCUGGCAGAGUACAAAAAGGAGCUGUGCCAGAAGGACCGGCACCUGCAGCAGCACCAGAGCAAGCUGGAUGAGAUGCUCAGGCAGCUUUCUGAGGCCAGCUACCAGCAGGUGGAUUUGGAGCGGGAGCUGGAGCACAAGGAGGCCCUGCUGGCUCACUGCAUGAAGAGAGAAGCUGAGGAGGUGAUGGCUUACAGCAGUCACAGUGCCCAGAGCAAUGGCUUUCUGCAGCCAGCAGGAAAAGGAGCUGCCCCCACAGCCCACCGAGGGAGCAACGAGCUGCAGCUGGUGCGGGACGCGCUGCGCAGCCUCAGGAACAGCUUCAGCGGGCACGACCCGCAGCACCACACCAUCGACAGCCUGGAGCAGGGCAUCGCCAGCCUGAUGGAGCGCCUGCACCGCGGGGAGGCUCUCAGGAGGCAGGACAGGAGGGUCCGCGGGAAAUCGCCAGCGAGCAGAGCCAGCAACGAGUGCAGAGACUCCUGGCCUCCCAAAUCCAAGCUGCCUCACUCCCAGAGCACGCCCGUGAUGAGCACCAGUGCCUGCACCAAAGUGUUGUACUUCACCGACCGCUCCCUCACCCCCUUCAUGGUCAGCAUACCAAAGAGGUUAGGGGAAGUGACUCUGAAGGAUUUCAAGGCAGCCAUCGAUCGGGAAGGAACCCAUCGGUACCACUUCAAAGCCCUGGAUCCAGAGUUUGGCACAGUGAAGGAGGAGGUAUUCCAUGAUGAUGACAUCAUUCCUGGCUGGGAGGGGAAAAUCGUGGCCUGGGUGGAAGAAGACCACGGGGAGAAUUAAUGGAGCUUUCAAGCCCUGUUUCUAUGGAAACCUGUGACUGCAGAGCUCAGAGAGUGACCGAGGAGCCCAAGUGCUGGGAGGCCAAUUCAAGCUGCCAAAAAGGAGGCUCUGUGAAGCCAGGGGUGGUGCAGGCUGUGAGCACGGACAGCUGGCACUGACUGCCCGUGCCUGAGGGCAGCUGCUGUCCUGAGGCUGCAGGGACAGCUCUGGGGACAGAAACACCCAAAACCCUGGAGGCCUUAAGGAUGCUUUGCCCCCUUCUCCAUCCUGCACUGUGUGCUGCAGGCUCAGCUGGGAAUCUCCCGUGCUGCUGCCACAGAGAACUGCACUGAUGGUGAAAAUGUGAAGCUUUGCUGGCGUGGGGAAGAAGUUGCUGCAUUGUGAGAGCUGAAGGUUGGAGCAGCUGCUGUGCUGCAGGAGCAGAGGGACUCUGGACAUUGCAGACUGACAGGACAUGAACUGGAGGGAAGAGUCCUCUGGAGGGUUGAAGCAUGGUCUGAAGCAAAGCUCACCAACCUGGCCAAGCUCCCUUUCUCCCAAACUCCCGUUUCCCAGCCCUGCUUCCCCCACGUGCUCUCCAAAGCUGUUCCCGUGUCUGAGGCCCUCUGGGUUCGCUCUGUGGGGACUGUGGGGUCUCGGUGCUUGUUUGUGUGCUGAAUGAUUUCAGGGGUGGGGAGCUGGAAUCAGCUGCUUCCCGAGGUGGUCACACCCCUGUCCUUGCUGAGCCGCUGUCCCUGCCCUCCCUGCUGUCCCUGCCCUGCACAGACACCCCUCUGCUGUCCCCCCACUGCCAGGGCACCAAGCACUGACCCACAACAGCUCCUUGCUACACUGGGUCCUGGAGGAUCAGCAAGGAACUGCUGGGGAAAGAACAAGCCCUAAAAUCCCCCAAGGGUGGAUUUUUCCCUUUGGUUUUGUGGUUUUGUUUCUCUACAUGGCCUGUGGGCUUGGGAGGUCAAACGGGCUCUGCUCCCUCUGGGCCUUCCCUGGGCUGUCUGUGUGUGCUGUGCAUGAGGGGAGAGGGGGCAGCCUGGUUUUACUGUUUUAUAUUAACAUGUCCUUUUGUAAACAUGUCCUUGAAAUUAUUUUGUACCGAUUCACAUUUGUCUGAGGACUGUGGAUAUUUUUAUACUAGUGCAAGUGCUCUCUGUAUAUUUCUGCACGCAUUAUACUGUGUUUUACUCCUUU